AUGGUUAAAGUUUCGAAAGGCGCGGUGAUGGUUUUGUGCCAUGGGUUGGUUUGGGCAGCAGCAGCUCUGGCGCUGUGGGUGGGCGGUGCCUCAGGUGAGAGAGCUCGCUACGACACAGCGACGCCCUACACUCCGCCCUACUCGAAAUACAAAUACAUACCUUUGCAUCCUGCACGAUACGAGCCUGAAGAAAUGCCAGUCGAGGAUGAGGAACCUUCUCGCGGCGGCAUGCCUCCAACCGAGCUGAUCCUGACAGGUCUUCGUACGAUUCUUGACGUUGUGCGGAAUAUCAACAAAAAGAGAGCGCAGCAGCAGACGUUGUCGGGCAUAGGGCGCAAUAGUACUGGAAUUGAGGUACGUCGAAAUAAAUUGAAGAAUGACACAGUGGGAAUCGGACGAGGGUUCGAAGACUAUUACGAUGAGCACCAUUAUCAUGACCAUGAUACUACUACGACCACUGCCAAGCCGAUGAAACAGGGCCGGUACACCGAUCCCUGGGCUGGGUACUACGACUGGAUCAUCAAUGAGGGAUCCUUCAAAUUCUGGAGUGCUUUCCAGCUUUUCACCGCAGCUCUUCUCUUGUAUGCCUGUCUCUCUGCCAUUUACUACGCUAAAUUCAACCCAAUCAUACCAGAUUACAAUAUGGAAUACGAUGACUACUUCCUCCAGAGGAGAGUCGGCAGGAGUGUGGACGCGUCGGAAAUGCCUUCAGGAUUAAGUUGGAUGAACUCACAAACGUUCCAGUUUAUAAUGAAUGCUAUUACCAAACAUUACGAAUAG